GAAAGUGGAUGGAGCCAGAGCUGCAAACACGCUGGGUCUUUUCACUGCCUGAGCACUUGGUUUUGCUGAUGGACUACAAUACAGACACAGCCAGACCCCUCUCCGUCUCUCUCCUCUGUGAAAUCCAGUUGGAGUUAUCACUAGCUGUCUUAUGAAAGCUGAUAUUCAGCCAUGAAUUGAAUUUUCCAUCAAAUAAGAAGAAGCAGAUCUACAUUUCUGGAGACUUUUAUUCAUUUUCUUUGGCUUUUGGGGAGAUUUUCUGGAAAGUAAGAAUUGCUUAUAGAACCGUAUCCAUUCGCUCUGUCAAGUGGAAUUUAUAUUGGUAAGGUACCCUAGAAGAUUCAUGUAGUGCCUUCAGGGCCAUAUAAAUGGAACUCCAUCCAAAUUCACAAUGUCAGAAGAACUACCUACAACAUAAAUUUCAUGGAGCAGAUCAUAUGAAUUCCAGAUUAUCUCCUGUACCAGGCAUGUACAGACUUGCACUUGUCAUCAGACUCAGCAGAUACUAAAACAACCACAAGGGUGGCACAGACUCCCUCCAGUCAGCCGGCUUUGCAUGCACUCAGUGCUGGAGAGUUACUAUGCAGUUUGGACUGUUCACUGUGCUUGUCUUGAUCUUGAUGGAUAUUGCAGACAGCAGCAGGGUUGUGAAGGGGAGGAGACACAGGAGAAGAAGUACAGACGUGAGCCAAAGCUGCACCAAAGGCUGUGAGGCUUGUUCCGAGUUUAACGGUUGUGUCAAGUGCUUACCAAAGCUUUUUAUCCUUUUGGAAAGAAAUGACAUACGACAAAUUGGGGUCUGCUUGCAAUCCUGUCCUAAAGGAUACUAUGGUGAUCGUAAUCGGGAUAUUAGCAAGUGCAUGAGAUGCAAAAUGACUAACUGUGAGGAAUGCUUCAGCAAGACAUUUUGCACAAAGUGUAAUGAUGGCUUCUACUUACAUAAAGGAGUAUGUUACUCCACCUGUCCAGAAGGAUUUAUUGCAGCAAAUGGCACAAAGGAAUGCAGUUCCACACAAUGUGAAAUGAGUGAAUGGGGAUCAUGGAGUCCAUGUACUCCUAAAGGAAAGAAAUGUGGAAGAAAAAAUGGGUUUGAAGAGAGAAGUAGGAAGGUUCUGAAGGCGCCACUAGGGGGUGAAUCCCUCUGUCCACCUACUACAGAGAAGAGGAAAUGUGCAAUGACUGCAAACACAUGCCCUAAAGGAGAAGGAAAAAACAGAAAAAACCAAGGGAAAGGGAACAAGAACAAGAACCGAAACGUGGGGACAGGAAAUAAGAAGAAAAGAAAUCAACAAAGAGUAACGUCAAUGCCUAUCACUCCUUCUGUACCAACAAAGUAGCUGUCACUAUAAGGUCCAGCACCAACGAGAGAAUAAUGCUGCUAUAUAUCUAAGACGCUUUCUUUAACUGGAGCACUGCUAUAACUUAAGCACCUACCCGAUUUGCGAAUGAUUGGCAAACUCUUAUGGUUAGAAAACUGGGUUUAUACUGCCAUAAGGAUGGGACAAUUGUAAGACAUCUGCAAAAGAGAAGAAGGGAUAAAGAUCUCUUGAUCAAUAAAGGAAAGAUCUGACUUUCUAGUCACAAGGUAACACCACAGAGGUGAUGCUGAAGAGAUUCCCAUUUCAGUACAAGUCACAAAGGCUGGAAAUGGUUCUAAGAAACAAUAAUGAACUGUGGGAUUUCCUGGCACCUAGAGUAUUGCCCACCGUUACCCUCCCUCCUGUUAAGUCUGUGUUUUCAGAUGUUUGUAUGACUUAAUCUUUGAGGAGUAUAUGUAACAUUUGUGACCCGUGGUUGUGGUCAUCACUAUGAAACUACUUCAGAACAUAACAAGAAAAAAAAACUGAGCAAGCUUCUGAAGGAGGACAUUAAGAAGAUGUAUCAAUAAGUAUGGGGUAGUGACAAUGAACUAAAGAAGUUUUAUUUUCAAAUGGAUUUGUAAGUGUUUUAUUGUUACAAAAAGAAUGUAAUUAAAUAAUAACAUAAG